AGCAAACAUUGAUUGCACCCACGGUAGUAAGUGAGUUUCCCUUAUAAAAUUCAAUCCCCAAAACAAGUCUCACAAAAUUGAGAAAAAUUUAAAGAAAUCAACACACACAAACACAACAACAUAUGGAGGUGCUAAGGGUGCAAACCAUAGCUUCCAAAUCCAAAGAUGCUGCCAUCCCAGCCAUGUUUGUUAGGGCAGAGACAGAGCAACCAGGCAUCACAACCGUUCAAGGGGUGAACCUUGAGGUGCCAAUUAUUGAUUUUAGUGACCCAGAUGAAGGGAAAGUGGUGCAUGAGAUUUUGGAGGCAAGUAGGGACUGGGGCAUGUUCCAAAUUGUGAACCAUGACAUACCUAGUGAUGUUAUAAGAAAGUUGCAAAGUGUUGGGAAAAUGUUCUUUGAGUUGCCACAAGAGGAAAAAGAGUUGAUUGCUAAGCCUGCUGGGUCUGAUUCUAUUGAAGGGUAUGGCACAAAGCUUCAGAAAGAGGUGAAUGGCAAGAAAGGGUGGGUGGAUCAUUUGUUCCACAUUGUGUGGCCUCCUUCCUCCAUCAACUACAGUUUCUGGCCCCAAAACCCCCCUUCUUACAGGGAAGUUAAUGAGGAAUAUUGCAAGCACCUAAGAGGAGUGGUAGACAAAUUGUUCAAAAGUAUGUCGGUAGGGUUGGGGCUUGAAGAGAAUGAGCUAAAGGAGGGUGCAAAUGAAGAUGACAUGCAUUAUCUUUUAAAAAUCAAUUAUUACCCACCUUGUCCAUGUCCUGAUCUGGUCUUGGGUGUGCCACCACACACAGACAUGUCCUACCUCACAAUUCUGGUGCCUAACGAGGUGCAGGGCCUUCAAGCAUGUAGGGAUGGCCAUUGGUACGAUGUUAAGUAUGUCCCCAAUGCCCUCGUUAUUCACAUUGGCGACCAAAUGGAGAUACUGAGCAAUGGAAAAUAUAAGGCAGUUUUUCACAGAACAACAGUGAACAAAGAUGAGACAAGAAUGUCGUGGCCCGUGUUCAUAGAACCCAAAAAGGAACAAGAAGUUGGUCCUCACCCAAAGUUGGUUAACCAAGACAAUCCACCAAAAUACAAAACCAAGAAAUACAAGGAUUAUGCUUAUUGUAAGCUCAAUAAGAUCCCUCAAUGAAUGAAGUGGGCACUACGAGAUAAUUAUAGCUCAUGGUUUCUCUGUUUUGUUAUUUAAUUUAUGGAAUGAAAGUGUGACUUGUGGGAAGUAGAUUAAAUAAGAUCUGUGACUAAUGUUGGUUUCUCUGUUUUGUUAUUUAAUUUAUGGAAUGAAAGUGUGAUUUGUGGGAAGUAGAUUAAAUAAGAUCUGUGACUAAUGUUGGAUUAAUCUUAUGCUUUUGAAGUGAAUAAAGAUGACAAGAAACAGUUUGUCUGUUCUGUUA